GGGAUUUGAUACAAAGUACUAAUUUUGAGCCCAACCUAAAACCCUCACCUUAUCCUCUCCUCCGAUUCCUCCUCCUCCUGCUUCUCUUCUUUGCUUCGCCUUCGCUUUGCUUGUGGUGGCCGGAGCAACAGCCCCGGCCAUGGCCUCCACCACCGACGCCGACGCCGCUCCGGUCGCCCCCGUGCUCGAGGAGAAGCCCCCCACCCCGCCGCCUGACGGCGACGAGGUCCCUUCUGCUCCUGCGGCGGCGGCGGCGGCGGAGCAACCCAAGGUAGUCGAGGAGGAGGAGGUGAGAUUGGAGGGGAAAGGUGGGGGGUUCGGUGGCCAGGAGGUGGAGGUGGCCGGAGACGGGGAAGAUGGCGGCGAGGUGGAGGUGGCGGAGGCUAAGGAUGAGGGAGGCGGCGGGGAGUUCGCCGGGGGAGAUGCGAAAGCUGCCUCCUCGUUGUUGGCGGCGGCGGCGGAGGAGGAGGAGGAGGAGGAGGCGAGCAACGGCGAAUUGGGUGAGGAGGAUGCUUAUCCGGCUUCCUCCGAUGCCGCGGUAGGUGAGGAGAAGGGCGAAUUGGGCGAGGAGCCGGAGGAGAAGGCUCCGGCUCUGGCUCCGGAGGCGAAUGGCGCCGCCGAAUCGGAUGUGGAGGAGAAGCCGGAGGAGGAUAACGAGGGGGAGGAGGUGGCUACUGGGGGUGGGGAUGAUGGUGAAUUGGGAAUGGAGAAAGAGGUUGAUGUUUCUGCUGGGGCCGCGGAGGCGCCGCAGCCGGAGGAUAAGGUAGCUCCUGAAGCUGAAGCUAAUGGAGAUUUGGGCGACAAGGCGGAGGAGGAAGCGAGUGCUUCGGCGGCGGUGGAGGUGGUGGAGGAGAGCAAUGCUCCAGAAGAAUUGUUGGAGAAGGCUGUGGUUUCGGAGGCAAAUGGCGUGGCUGCCGCCGUCGAAUUGGCUGUGGAGGAGAAGCUAGAGGAUAACAAGGGAGAGGAGGAAGAAAUGGAGGCGAAGCCUGAGCCAGUAAGCGGGGUGAUUCCAGUGGUUGUUGACGACACUAGCUCCGAGAUGAUUGCGCCUGUGAGUGCCGAAAGUGCAGUUGAAGAGAGUACUGAGAAGGAGCAAACUGUUGACGACACUAGCUCCGAGAUGAUUGCGCAUGUGAGUGCCGAAAGUGCAGUUGAAGAGAGUACUGAGAAGGAGCAAACUGUUGAAAGCGAGGCCAGUGAAUCUGUGGAGAUUGUUGGUGUUGAGAAGCCUACUGAGGAUGAGAGUAAUGUUGAUGGCGGUGCUAGUUCUGUUGUGUCUCGAGAAUUGGCUCCAGAGGAAACCAAGGAAAAUAAUGUUGGUCAGGAGGAUGAAGGUGUUGCUGAGGUUAUUGACCGUGAAGAAGACGCUGAUGAUGAUGAAGAGAUAGUUUUAGCUGCAGCUGAUGAUGAAGAUGAUGGUACUAACGAGGCUGAUGACGAUGAAGAUGGAGUGAGCUCUGACAGGGGGCCUGCACGAGUUGCUAUUAUAGAGAGUUCAGAAGCUGCGAAGCAGAUCAUGAAGGAGCUUGGGGAAGGUUCUGCUAGUGUUAGUCCUGUAUCUGGCUUGAGCAGCUCGAGAGAGUACACUAAUAGCAUGGAUGGGCAGAUUGUCCUUGAUGAUUCUGAGGAGGAUGGGGAUGAUGACGAUAAUGAAGAUGACGAUGAGAAGGGGUUUGAUUCUGCUGCCUUGGCUGCCCUGCUGAAAGCAGCAACUGGUGCAUCUGCAGACGGGAAUGUCACAGUUUCUUCCCAAGAUGGCUCUAGAAUCUUCUCCAUGGAUCGGCCAGCUGGCCUGGGCUCAUCAGCCCCAUCUCUCAGGCCAACAGUCCCACGCCCAGUUGCACGGUCAAACCUAUUCAGCCCCUCUGAGCUAGCAGUGACUGCUGAGCCUACUGAGGAGAUGACGGAGGAAGAGAAGAAGCUGCAUGACAAGGUUGAGUUGAUCCGAGUAAAGUUUCUGCGCCUUGUCUAUAGAUUGGGGGCUACUCCUGAAGAAACAGUUGCAGCACAGGUGUUGUACCGUCUGAGCCUUGCUGAGGGUAUUCGACACGGAAGGCAGACAAACCGAGCUUUCAGCCUUGACAAUGCACGGAAGAAGGCCAUGCUGCUUGAAGCGGAGGGAAAAGAGGAGUUGAACUUCUCAUGCAACAUACUUGUUUUGGGGAAGAUAGGGGUCGGAAAAAGUGCAACUAUAAAUUCAAUUUUUGGUGAAGAGAAGUCCAAAACUGAUGCUUUCAGUUCAGCCACCAACAGUGUACGGGAGAUUGUUGGUAAUGUCGAUGGUGUCCAGAUACGGAUCAUUGAUACUCCAGGCCUUCGACCCAAUGUGAUGGACCAAGGAUCCAACAGAAAAAUCCUCGCUUCUGUCAAGAAAUAUACCAAGAGAUGCCCCCCAGAUAUUGUUCUGUAUGUGGACCGCCUGGAUAGUCUGAGCCGUGAUCUCAAUGAUUUGCCUCUUCUAAAGACCAUUACUUCUGUUCUGGGCUCAUCUAUAUGGUUCAAUGCCAUUGUUGCUCUCACUCAUGCUGCUUCCGCCCCUCCUGAAGGUCUAAAUGGUGCCCCUAUGACAUAUGAGGUGCUAAUGGCUCAGAGGUCUCACAUUAUCCAGCAAUCCAUCAGGCAAGCUGCAGGAGAUAUGCGGUUGAUGAAUCCAGUAGCUCUUGUUGAGAACCAUCCUUCUUGCAGGAGAAACCGCGAGGGUCAGAAAGUACUUCCAAAUGGCCAGAGCUGGAGGCAUCAGAUGCUGCUUUUGUGCUACUCUUCAAAGAUAUUGUCUGAAGCAAACUCACUUCUGAAACUUCAGGAUCCAAAUCCUGGAAAGCUUUUUGGGUUCCGUUUCCGCUCUCCGCCUCUGCCCUUCCUGCUCUCCUCCCUGUUGCAGUCAAGAGCUCACCCGAAGCUUUCACCAGAUCAGGGUGGCAAUGAAGGAGAUUCUGACAUCGAUUUGGAUGAUUACUCUGAUAUAGAGCAGGAUGAAGAUGAAGAGGAAUAUGACCAGCUUCCUCCCUUCAAGCCAUUGACCAAAUCUCAGCUUGCGAGGCUGACAAAGGAGCAGAAGAAUGCUUAUUUUGAUGAGUACGACUACAGGGUCAAGCUUCUCCAGAAGAAACAGUGGAAGGAUGAGAUCCGCAGGUUGAAGGAGAUGAAGAAGAGAGGUAAAACUGAUAUGGAUGCUUAUGGGUAUGCUAACAUCGCAGGAGAAAAUGAUCUGGAUCCUCCUCCAGAGAACGUAUCAGUUCCCUUACCUGAUAUGGUGCUGCCCCCUUCAUUUGACUGUGACAAUCCCACAUACCGGUACCGCUUUCUGGAGCCAACUUCGACUGUUCUUGCAAGGCCUGUGUUAGAUGCACACGGGUGGGAUCAUGACUGUGGUUAUGACGGAGUAAGUGUUGAGGAGACGCUUGCUCUCCUUAACAAGUUUCCAGCUAAUAUGGCGGUUCAGGUCACCAAGGACAAGAAGGAAUUUAGCAUCCAUUUGGACUCUUCCAUCUCAGCAAAGCUUGGGGAGGAUGCAUCGUCGCUUGCUGGUUUUGAUAUCCAGACUGUUGGGCGGCAGCUUGCGUACAUUCUCCGUGGUGAAACCAAGUUCAAGAAUAUCAAGAAGAACAAGACUACUGGAGGAUUUUCAGUGACUUUCUUGGGCGACAUUGUGGCGACUGGGCUGAAGGUUGAGGACCAGCUCUCUCUUGGGAAGAGGUUGGCACUGGUGGCGAGCACAGGUGCAAUGCGAGCUCAAGGCGACACCGCUUAUGGAGCUAACUUGGAGGCACGCCUGAAAGACAAAGAUUAUCCGAUUGGCCAGUCCCUGUCAACCCUGGGUCUUUCUUUGAUGAAGUGGCGCCGAGACCUUGCUCUCGGUGCGAAUUUGCAGUCCCAGUUCUCGAUUGGAAGGGGCUCGAAGAUGGUGGUUCGUCUUGGAUUGAAUAACAAACUAAGUGGCCAGAUCACUGUCAGGACAAGCACCUCGGAGCAGGUCCAGAUCGCGCUGUUGGGUCUUAUCCCAGUUGCAGCCUCCAUUUACAGGAGCUUCAGGCCCAGCGAACCCUCCUUCGCCUAUUAGCUUCGCAUCAAGAUGAACAAUUUACUCAUGUCGGCUGCGCCUCCUUUCGUCUUAGCAAUUUUCCUAUCUUAUAUGAACCAUAAUUUUCUGUCUGUUUUUGCUUUUACCAGUGUACUCCGAAGAUCGUUCCUAUCAUAAUUUUGGCUGAAGAGGGUUGUGAAAUUUAAUGUGGAACUUCAACUGAAUAAUGUUGUUAGAUCUAUAUACCAUCCGUUUUUCUAUUACAGU